AUGCCAGCGUUUGACGCCUUGUUCCCGCCUCUCAUGCUGUCCGCACUGGUAGUUCUGCUGACGAGCGCCUUCGCCUCCUGCUCGGCGACCUCGCAAUGGGUCUUCAGCGCCGACAGCGGCGUCAACCUCGCAGCUAAUGACAACAACACAUUGCAGACGCGCACCUUAUCAUCCCUCGCGUCCGACGAGUUCACAGCUCUCACUCAUCCUCGCUUCCCGAACCACGGCGUUCGCGUCAAGAAGACGAGCUUUUGCGAUCCCACGGUGAACGUCUACACCGGCUACCUCGACGUCGACCAGGGCGCGAAGCAUCUCUUCUUUGCCUUCUUCGAGUCCCGGCGCGAUCCCGCGACUGACGAUGUGAUGAUGUGGAUCAAUGGAGGCAAGUCGUUUCGGCUUGUAGGUCCUGGCGCUUCGUCCAUGCUCGGCAUGCUCAUGGAACUGGGCCCUUGCAGCAUUGACAUGGACAACAAAUCCGACAACGGCACUAUAUGGAACCCGUAUUCGUGGAACUCCGAAGCCAACAUCUUCUUCCUCGACCAACGUCGUCUUAGCGUCGGCGUCGGCUUCUCCUACGCUGACUUCGGCGAGACAGUCGAGACCACCGAAGAAGCCGCUAAGAACGUUCACGCCUUCAUCUCCAUCUUCUUUGAGACGUUCUCGCAGUUCGCUGGGCGUCCGCUGCAUUUGUCGGGCGAGUCGUACGGGGGCCGCUACCUCCCCGUCUUCGCCAGCGAGAUCAUCGACCAGAACGCCAUAGCCGCGCAGGAGAAUCGCUCGCCCAUCAACUUGCAAAGUGUGCUCAUCGGUAAUGGAAUCACGGAUAUAUCAACUUUGUAUCCCGGCCGCUACGAGAUUGAAUGCGGAAGGGCCGCAUUCGAUGUGCCCUUCCAGUCUAUUGAGAAGUGUGUCAGGAUGAAGACAGCGCUCCCCCGCUGCCAAGCGGCGAUGCAAAAGGGCUGCAUCAACCAGUUCGACGCGAUGAACUGCAAGGCCGCUGUGGCGUUUUGCGACAGCGAGCUGUCGACGGGCAUGUGGGCUACAGACAGGAACGUCUACGACAUAUCCAAGCCCUGCCUCGGCGAUCUCUGCUACGCCGAAAAUGCCGUCAUCGCCUCCUACCUCAACAGCCCCGCCACCCAGUCCCUCCUCGGCGUCGAGCGCAACUUCACUAUGUCUUCCUCCGAUGUCAACGCCGCCUUCUCCUCGCACCUCGACAAGUACGCCGUGCCGACGCAGUACUAUGUGGCGGGCCUGCUGGAAAGAGGGAUCAGGGUCUUGAUCUAUGCGGGGACGUAUGAUUGGCAGUGUAAUUGGGUGGCGAAUCGGCUCUGGGUCGAGAAACUCGAAUGGAGUGACGCAGCGAGCUAUCAGGCCGCUCCCUGGCGUAACUGGGGCCUCGGCAACAGCUCCGACUCUUCCAGCUUCACCAAAGCAGGCGAAGUGCGCGAGACGCCGCUCCUGACGUUCGCCACAAUCCGGGAGGCGGGGCAUAUGAUGAGUGAUUUCCACGUCCCUCAUGAUAAGCCUGCAGAGUCGCUUGCGAUGGUGUCUCGCUGGCUCGCGGGGAAGCCCUUGUAG